GAUGAGCUGUGUAACUUUACCUGGCAGGAAGUCCAGAGCCGCCUUAUCUCACUGCAGCGCGAGCACCCUAUGUGUGUGCACAAGAAGGAGCUGACAGAACUGGACAUCUACCACCGAAUCCUUCGCUUCAAGAACUACAUGGUGGCCAUGGUGAACAAGAGCCUUCUUCCUGUCCGCUUCCAAUUCCCGCUGGUGGGAGACGUCACCUUCCUGAGUCAGGGGCUUAAAUACAAUCUAGAGCUGAUUUUCUUCUGGGGUCCUGGAUCUCUUUUUCAGAACAAAUGGAAUCUGCAGCCAAAGUUCAAACGUCCAGGUCAGAGACUGGAAUUAGCGCAAGAGUUGAGCCGGACGAUUUUUCUUCUAGGAUUGGCCAACCUCUUCCUCUGCCCUUUCAUUCUUGUCUGGCAGAUUCUUUAUGCCUUCUUUAGCUACACUGAGGUCAUCAAACGAGAGCCGGGCAGCUUGGGUGCCAGGCGCUGGUCACUGUAUGGCCGUCUUUACUUGCGCCACUUCAAUGAGUUGACCCAUGAGCUGCAGGCGAGACUAAGCAGAGGCUAUAAGCCCGCCACCAAAUACAUGAACUCUUUUGCCUCCCCAUUGCUGGCGAUUGCUGCCAAAAACUUGGGUUUUUUUGCAGGUUCCAUACUAGCAGUCCUAAUUGCACUAACUGUCUAUGAUGAAGAUGUGCUCACGGUACAACAUAUCCUGACCGCCAUCACAGUGCUGGGGGUAAUAGUUACUAUAGCCAGGUCCUUCAUACCAGACGAGCACAUGGUGUGGUGCCCAGAACAGCUGCUACAGUGUGUCCUUGCGCACAUACACUACAUGCCCGACCACUGGCAAGGCCACGCGCACAAGUCAGAGACCCGCGAUGAGCUAUCCCAGCUCUUCCAAUAUAAGGCGGUAUUUAUUUUAGAGGAGAUGCUCAGCCCAAUUAUCACUCCAUUCAUCCUGAUCUUCUCUCUGCGACACAAGUCUCUGGAAAUUAUUGACUUUUUCCGCAAUUUCUCAGUUGAGGUGGUUGGUGUGGGAGAUAUCUGCUCCUUUGCUCAGAUGGAUAUUCGAAAACAUGGAAAUCCCCAGUGGCUAUCAGAGGGUCAGACUCAGGCGUCUGUGUACCAGCAGGCUGAGAACGGCAAGACAGAGCUGUCCCUCAUGCACUUUGCCAUCACAAACCCCCACUGGCAGCCUCCACUGGAAAGUUCUGUUUUUAUUGGGCACGUCAAGGAGAAAGUCCAACAAGAUGCGGCUAAUGCUCCACCAGCUCAGCAAAUCCUGUGUGACGCUCCCAUCUACAGCUCUAUUCUCUCUAAUGAGUCCGGCACUGCGCCUGAUAACCUGCUAGCCAGUGUCCUAGUGCACCCUGUUCUGACUGCCAGUGGGUUACCCAGCAGGGACCGCCGCUUUGUACAGCCAACCACUACUGCGUCUGCAGCAGCCAGUGUGCUCGCCUCCCUCUCUGGUCCUCAGACUCCUGGGCGCCCACACGGGGCACAGCUCAACAGCUCUUUGUAUCGCAGUGACAGGACCAUCUUGCAGGAAAGCACCAUGUCCAGGAGUGACUCCCAGAUGCAAAGCAUCUCUCGUUCAUCUCUGCUGUUCUCUGAAUUUGCCUCAGCAGAGAUGAGUCUGCACGCCAUAUAUAUGCAUGAGGUGCACCAGAAUCAGGGAUCCACACAGCGUCCCCUGGGGAUGUGGCAAGCCACUGAUCUGUCACCACAUCAAAAGCAGCCCCUAGUUUCAGGAGUGAGGUCAAGUUCUCAGACUGGAUACCGUGGGCUGCACCUUGGAGGAUGGGAGGAGGAAGAUCAGCUGCAAGAGGUUGAGGAGAGAAGCCCUAUUCAGGCUACACCCGCAGGACACAGCACAAGUAGCAGCAGCAGCUAAUGUGCCUUACCUGAGCUUGUGUCCCAUGAAGAAAUUAUCAAAGAAAUCUCCACUCAUCCUUGAUUUUACAAACUAAGCAACACUACACAGGAUGUACCCUGGAAGGGACUUUGUUGCUCCUCCACCUGGCGCCUGUCUUCCUAUUGCCGUUUUCCUGGGUGUGGCGGACAAUGUGCGUUUGCUGCCUCGUGUGUCUGUGCCCCUUGUUAGGGUGACAGAGACUUUCUGCUGCCUGUCUGGGCAUGAUUAUUUAAUACUAUGGGGGAGGAUAAGAUUCCCAUCAUCCCAAUUCAGUGACAAUGUUCUGUUAAUUAACAUGCUGUUGCACAACUUUUUUUCUGUCUUGUCAGCAAUAAGGACAACAAUUCAUUUAAAUGCUUAGCUCCAUAACAUUAGAGACUUGAGGAACCAUAAGCUAAUGCACAUUUCUAAGAAAAGUGUUACAGAGUAUUUAUUUGCACAGUGUUAUAUAUUUGUGAACGUCUGGAAUUGGAAGACCAGUCGUGUGACCUCUUGCCAUGUGAACACUGGGAUCAUUCGGUCAAUUGGCUUUCUGCUCCGGUCACUUUUGGUUUACCAGCUACUUAGCCAUAUCAUGGCUCAUGUAGACAAUGUAAUGACCAAUGUCUAUGUGAUCUCCUAGGUUAUAAUUUCAAUAUUUAAUGCCCACUCCCUAAGUAUCACCAAAGUAUACAGAAAAGAAAUUAAGCACUUAAAAUGGUACCCAUCUACCUUUAGGAGGGUAAAACCCUGGUGCUGGGAUGGAGCUUCCAGCGAGAUCUACCAACCAUUGUGUUAACACUACAUUGAUGCUGGAACAUGAUCGGUGGCACAUAUGGCCUCAGUAUCUGAGAGAGGAAAGUGAAAGCAGCUUGUAUUAGCUGAUCACAGAGGCUGCUGGGGGUUCCUGCUUGUUCUCUGCCUGCAGACACUAUGGCAGCUAUCUGGACAAACCAAGGAGGUCUGAUUAUGAGAAGUGCCUUCUGGAUAUGAUAGGGAUUUUUGGCUCCUCUUGCUGCCCAUGGGAAUUUACAAAAUGGCUUUAUGAUACCAUAUCUAAAUUAUGCUGCUCCAAACCAUUUCAUGUGCUGCUUCAAAUGCCUCUAACCUAGUAAAUGCCAUCUAUAUGUUUGAUACCUUUCCUACACUGAAGCUAGCUGACUUUUUUUCUGGUAAUUUCAGGUAUGGAAAGAAUCCACAAUAUCUUUUAUUUGCUGGUGGAACACAAAUCCUCAGUGAGCUUAGUUCCAUCACAGGAAACACGGGAUCACUCCACCUCAAGCUAGCAUCAAACACAACAAUGUUUUUUAUUUCUCUUGCAUCAAGUGUUGUAGAUCUUUAUAUGAUGUGAUAAUUGCUACAAAGAGGUUUGGUUCUGAAACUCUAUCCAGUGCGAUCAGUUUAAAGGUGAAUCCCCUUUCUAAGAUCAACACCUCAUGAUGAACAUGAGAUUAUGAUGCUAAGUACAGUAUUACAAUGUCUCAUAGACAAUAUUUUUGGUGCCCAACAGGAAGUUCUCAAACAGAAUGUAGCCACUUAUGAAUGUUUAAUAUAAUAAAUAACUUCAAGUUUAAUGUUUUGAUAAAUUAUCAGUUAAUGAUUAUCAUAGAUUAUAUCUGGGUGACUUUACCAAGUUAUCUUACUAGUUGUCCUUUGUGUUGGAGAUGUUAUAUUAGUGGAAUGUGACCAUAUGCCAGUCAUGUUGGGUAGUAACCUAGGUGACUUUUUGUGUUUGAAAUCCUGGUAACUGACCUUAACUCAUCCUAUAAAAGUAGGAGUCAAUGAUUUUAGACCCACUUGCAGCUCCUGACAUUUUCCAGCAUUGAACACAUUUAAUUUACUUUUGAGAAUAUUCAAUUGCCUGUGGUUUGACUUGUGAGUUCUGGGCACUGCAAUCAUACAGGAACGUCUUGGAAGUACAGAGAGAUGUUUGAGUAAUACAGCUUGGGUGGCACAGAAAGGUCAGUGAUGGACUGAUUUGAUCAUAGACAAUACAAAGGAUGGUCGACCUUAAUCAUUACUAAGAGGAAGGAUGGGUUUGCCUGUAGACAGUGCCAAAGAUGGUUAGACUCGGCCAUUAUAGGGAGGUAGAUGAUAUUUGGUUACAGAGGGCAACGAUGAUGGUUUGACUUGAUAUAGAUGUUAGAGAAAUUUAGCCACUGGCAGUGCUGAGGAUUUUUUAAACUUGGAUAAUAUAGAGAGGAAAGCAGCUUGGCUCUAGGCAGUAUCAAGGAUUGUUAGACAUGGUCAAUGACAGUACCAAAGUUAGUUAAACUGAGACAUAAGAGUAGAAAGAGAUUUACUAUAUGCUCUACCGAGUAUGGUUUGACUUGGUCAUUCUAGAAAGGUAAGAGGGCUAUGGACAAUGGUUACAUAAGAUAUAACAAAAAGGAAUGAGUAAGCUGUACUGAUGGUGGUUAGACUGAGUUAAUACAAAGAGGAAUGAGGAUUCUGAUAGUGGUUAAACUGAGUUAAUGCCAAGAGGAAGGAGGAUUUUGGCUGUAGGCUGUACUGAUGGUGGUUAGACUGAGUUAAUACAAAGAGAAACAAGGAUUUUGGUUGUAGGACAUGCUGAGGGUGGCUUGACAUUAUUAUUUAGAUUGCUAGGAGGGGUUUGGCCACAGACCACUAUUUGUUAGACACUACAAAGGAUGAAGGCAUGUGGCCAUAGUACAAAAGAUAGAUUGGGCUGAUCCGUUAAGUGUCAGUGGUUAGCCUUGUAGGAUUGGGCUGACGAAGAAGAGAAGCUUAGACUACGCAAUACAGAAGAUGAUCUGUCCUUAGGAUGCUGGAGAGGGUUGGGUUGCAAGAGGCUUAAUGUUACCCUGGACUAAACAGAGGGAUACCCAUAGGGAUCACGUUGAGAGCAGUGCCAAGCGAUGCCCAUGAUAGAAGGAUAGCAGUAGUUCUGUGCUGUUUACACCAGUUACCUCACUGUUAAUAGGACAACCCCUGUGCCAGGGACAUAAGCUGAAGCCUGGCUUAUUUUGCAAUAAAUGUUUACAGAGUUGUAUAUGUUGUGUUUGCUUCAAAUCAUUGUCUCUGUGUCUUUAUAUGACAGGUGCAUAGCCAACUCCCAUCAGGGGUCACAGUUCAUUUUGGUUUUCCCUUUAAGGGGACAGUAAACUCUGACUCAGAACAUUUUAAGCACAUUUCCUGUUGACUUCUAUAAUCUGAUUUGCUCUCUUAUUAUCUUUUGUUGGAAAGCAUAGCUAGGUAGGCUCAGGAGCAGCAAUGCAGUACUAGGGGCUAGCUGUUCAUUGGUGGCUGCACAUAUAUGCUUCUUGUCAUUGGCUCACCAGAUGUGUUCAGCUAGCUUCCAGUAGUGCACUUCUUCUCCUUCAACAAAGAAUACUAAGAGAAUUAAGUAAAUGUGAUAAGAGAACUAAAUUGUAAAGUUGUUUAAAAAUGUGUGUUGUAUCUGAAUCAUGGUUUUCAUGAUCCUUUAAGUGUCAAUAAAUGGCACUGACAUUGUGAAAUAUUAGUUCUACAUUUAAACCAACUGCCACAUAGAAAGAUCAGGGCAGACACCUUAGAUAAUCAUUUAUUUCUAUUACAAAUUCCUGUUUAUCUUCUCGAUAUGGUGAAUAGUAUUUGUGUAGUAGUGAAGGUUUACAUUGGCAGAAAGAAGAGACAUUGCACUUAGUUUUCUUGUUUAUUAUCUAAUAUUGCGCAACUCAAAAAUGAUGCAAUUAAUAAAGAGUUGUCCCCUUGUCA